GCCGCGCAACCAAACGGUCCAGACCUGUCAGCAUCCCGACCAAACCGACACAGGAUCCCAUAGAUCUUGCACCUCUGAAAAUCAUUCAGCCACCUAUCAAGGAGCAACCGCUUUUUUCGAUAUUUUCCUCCUUUGGAUUUCGUCGUCAUCGUCUCUGAUUAAGAAGAUCCGGGAUCUACCCGUUCAGAAUCGAGGAAGAGUUACAGAAGAUCGGGAUUCGUCCUCUGAACAGUCGAGAUUCACAUUUUACGAGGGAUCCUCUGGUUUUGAGUUCGGCCCGAAGAGUUUCAGUUACGAACUGCAAGAAGAAGACCGACGAGGAUCAAGACUGCGAAAUCUAGAGGCUUGCACCGACAAACAAGAGGCAGAAGAGGCAAAAAACGACGGAAACUGUGAAAUAGCCGAAGGUAUAGAAGCUAUAUAGGUGGUGAUCUCACUGACUAAGCAAGAGCCAACGAGUUUGCGCGGGAGGAGAAAACACAAAUCUCGAGUCAAAGAGAGGAGGAAUCUGAGAAGCGAGAGAGCAAGAGAGAAAGAGAAAGAGAAAGAGAGAGAGAGAGAGUCUACGAGACGAGUCGUAUAGUAGGAGGAGGCAUUAAAGAGAGACGAAGCAAGCCUUUGCUGAAAACGAGACAGAGAGAAAGAGAGAGGGAUACAGAGAGAGAGAGAGAAAGCAAGAGAUAAAGCUCGACCGGUAGUGGGAGGCCCGGAUUGAGAAAAAGGACAAAAGGCUGAGAGAGAGAAGAAGGGGACAGGUAGAUAGAGAGCGAGAGAGAGCGAGAGAGGCAAGUGGGAAUUUAUAAGGAUGUUCGCGAUAAUGCCGAUGGAGACAGAGGGGCACGGCAGGGAGUUCGGCCGACGGCAGAAGAUGCGAGCCAAGUGCGCGGUCGAGUUCGUAUGCAAGUACUGCCAGCGACGAUUCACCAAACCGUACAACCUUAUGAUACACGAGCGCAGCCACAAGGACGACGUGACCUUCACCUGCGAGGUCUGCGGCAAGUCGUUCAAGCGGCAGGACAACCUCAAGCAGCACAGGAGCAUACACUCCGUUCCCUACAAGGGCUCCAACGGCUACUCGAACGGCUAUUCGAACGGCUACUCUAGGUACUAGAUGCCGUGUAAUUCUAUUCCGGACACGAUUAUUAAAAUAUCUUAAAUCAUUCCCGAACGCGCGGUUUUACAAUACUUUAGGCUGCUAGUUCCUGUUUCAAUUCAGUCGCGAGUCAAGCGAGCUCUCCCUCGGAAUUUACACGAUCUUCUUUUCAUCUACGCAUUUCAAUCGAGUGAACAGGGUUUUGUAAGGAUGUAUUGGCUAUACAGUCAAUCCCAAAAGUUUAUGUACCUUAGAAAAACGCAUUUUCUAUAAUUAAAAAGA